GUCUUUGUACAUCUGCAGCUUGCUCCUGCAGGCUUGGGGGAUCAUAACGGGUCUGACGGAGCCAUUGGUGCCAUUGGGGGGAGAUUUGUACAUCGGCGAAGGCUACAGUACGGUUCGCUCGCACCAUACGACGCCAUCGGUUGUGGUUUAGCGCAUCUCGGAAUUCCCAGUAUGUGUUUCCCACGAGAUCUUGACCUGGACAAGUGUUAGCAAUUGAAAAGCAGUCGGUGUUAGUAUCACGUACCAACAAGGAACUGCUUCCGCCAUGGAAGACGUAGCAUCUUCCAGCGAACCCAGAGAUCUCUCAUCGCUCCCAUCUUUGCCGACGUGAUCAAUAUAGCUGGAAGAGGAACGCAAAGUGCUGGAUGUGAUUAUUAUUGCAUAGGUCGUACAAAAUAAUGCGCCGAGAUUCGUCAUUGACGGGAUGCUGCAGUGGCUUUGAUCUGAUCGACGUCAACCUGCAGGGGUCAUUUCCGGCGACCUGGUCUGCGCCUGCCUUCCUGACAUUCAGCAACACGGCCAUCUUCCCCUACCUUGCCUCCUGUCAGCGCACCUGGUCGCCUGUGUCUAUUCACUGUGGGACCCCUUCUUUAUCUGUUCGUAUGAAUGACCUAUAAAUCAUUUGCGCGGCGCGAAUAACGGACACUCGUCAACCUCGCGCGUUCAUGGCUUCGGUCACAAGUCUCGACCAGGACAUGCGCAAACUGCGCCUGGACCGUUAUACGCCUGGAGCAGCAAAGGAAGUCAGAGGAUGGAUUGAGGAUACUUUGGGCGAGAGACUGCCUCCGGGUGAUUUGAUGGACGCGCUCAAAGACGGAGUUGCUCUUUGCAAGCUCGUCAAUCUCGCGGUUUCUCCAGGUGUCAAGUACAAGCAGUCGAAUAUGCCUUUCGUACAGAUGGAAAACAUCUCCCACUUCCUGCGCGCAUGCGAGCUGCCGCCGCUGAAUCUGCCCUCCCAUGAUCGCUUCCUAACCGUUGACCUCUACGAUCACAAAGACCCUACGCAAGUCAUACAGUGCAUUGCAGCCUUCAGCCGUGCUGCGAACGCGAUCAAUCCCUCGGCCUUCCCCACUACACUCGGUGCUAAGAGUAAAGGAUCGGCCAUGAGCCCGCAAGGGACAGGGUCGAGCGGACCCAGAUCGCCUGCAUAUACCACAACCACAGCAAGACCACGUGGGACGAGCAAUGCUGCUGCGGAGAGUCCGUCAUAUACCUUCAACCCUCUGAACAAGGGCGCUUAUUCAGGCCGGAUAAGCCCUACCAAGAACACUCUUGGAAGAGGAGGGCUUGCUACUGGUGGGCCAGUCAGUAGUUGGAGCAGCAAAACAGAUGAAGGCAAGACAGCACCAGCCUGGAAUAUACAUCAAUACGGCUAUAUGGGUGGAGCUAGUCAGGGGAACCAGGGUGUUGCUUUCGGUGCCAGAAGACAGAUCACCUCUCCUGCACCCAACGUGCCAAGUGUCGCGGAGAAGGAAAAGCGUCUGAAGGAGGAGGCUGAGAAGAAACGCCGCGAAGCCGAAGAGUAUGAGCGACACCAGCAAGCGCAGAGAGCGGCACAAGAAGAGCAAGCGAGGCUGGAAGAAGAGCGCAAAUGGGCCGAGGAGACUCGCCGUCUUCGAGAACGAGAGCUGGAAGAACAGAUGGCUCAAGAACGACAACGUCUGCAAGAGGAAGAGCGUCUUCGAAAAGAGGAACAACGUCGAAGGGAGCGUGCUUAUGAGCUCGAGCGUGAACGUGAAGCUGCUGACCAAGCCGAACGGGAGGCACGAUCGGCAGCAGAACGAAAUCGACAGCGUGCCACAAGUGAUGCCCGCCUCAAUGGGCAGUUCCUCAGUCAAUACCAAGCUGAUCAGACCCGUGCCAAUGCCGCCGCCCAGCAAAAGCAGCAAAUCAUCCAGCAGGAGUCUGCCGAGAGCAGGCGUAUUGCUGAGCUUGAACGUCAACUGGAGGAAUUGAAAGCACAACAGCAUCAUCCUGUUCAACCGGCCCCAGCGGUUCGAUCUAACCCGGAGCCUGCACCACCGGCUUUACCGAGCAGAUCCAAUGUUGACCAGACGAGCCAUCAAGACGACUGGGAUGAAUCGGAGAGAGAUUACCUGAGACGAGAAUGGCAACACGCUCAAGAUCUGGAUGACCAACCGCCACCUAAACCGACGCGUCCAGGGCCUGCAUCAGCCGCAUCGACGACGCGACCCUUGCCUGAUCCAAUGACCUAUGCUCCAGGCACGAACCGUACGGACCGUUACCUGGCGUCUAACGCUGCGCCUCCCCAACCGCAAGCGACGUCUCAUCGUCCACAAGAUUACUCCACCGCAACAGAAGUUGACCUGGAGAAUCAACGACGUCUCCAAUCCCAAGCACGCACUAAAGCAGGUGGAUGGGCGUCCAAGUCUCUGCUCGAGCGUGAAAUGGAACGCGAGCGCGAGCGCCAACGAGAAUGGGAAGAAGGCCAGCAAGCUACGGCUGCCAGGGCACGUGACAUUCAGGAGGGAAGCGCCCCAGGCCAGUCUUGGGACGUGCACCAGUAUGGUUAUAUGGGCGGAGACAGCCAGAAUCGUGGCGGUGCUGGCUUGGGAGUCGGAGGAGCGAGAAGGCAGAUCAUCGGACCAAGACCGCCACCUUGAUGGGGAGAAUGGGCAUUCACUCCGUACAUCGGGAUGCGUUGCAGACCGACCGAAAUGCGGACAAGUCUUGUUGGUGAGCACACCGCUGCAACGGAUACAGUAUGUGAGACGAUUGAUGAAGCAUGAGAUAUGCACUACACCUGAUUCUCCGAGCUGCUUUGGCGCGCUUUUUUAGCUUGUUGAUUGGAUUUACAAGAUUUCGUGCACUUUGACCU